AUAUGAACACUACGCAAUCCUGAACCGUUCACCCAAUCGCCAUAUUUACUCCGGUUGCUCGGCCGAUACCCAACAAGCAUCAGCCACCGAAAAAGAAAGGAGCACCAUGACCAAGAUGAUGCAGGGGCUUACUAUUGCCAGCUUGAAAAAGCACAGGGCUCUGAUCCCUCUGUAUGUUUGUCUUGGUAUUGGUGUGGCCAUGUCUACUUUCUACACUUUACGACUUGCAUUAAGAAACCCAGACGUUUCUUGGAACCGCAAGGGUAACCCAGAACCCAACCAAGAAUAUGCUAAUAAACAGUAUAAGUUCUAUUCUCCAAUCAGGGAUUAUUCUACAUACAGGGCCCCUGUGCCAAACUACAAGGAUGAAGAAUAAGUAAGAUAUUAAGAAUUUAAGUAGAAUUAUUCAAGUAUGAUAAGUUCCAAAUAUUACCCUACAUUAUAGUUUUAUUUAAGCUUAUUAAAUGCAAAAAAAAAAUACAAUUGGGACUUGUUGUACUUGUAUACACUUGAAAAACUGCUGUGAGAGAAAGGACAAUAAAAUGUAACAGAGGAUAAUAAAUAUGUAAUAAUGA